AUGUCUGCACCAAUACCAGAAGAAGAGGCUCCAGAGCCAUUGCAUUCCCAGUAUCUCUCCAGGACUGAAACCCAAGACAGCCUCCGCAACCGGGGUAUUUCUGAAACUCCUUCAAGAUUGGACUACAACUAUCCAGCCAUUGGGCAUAACACGGACCCUGUGUUUCCUGAAGAAUACACCGUUGAAACCAGUACCGGUCUUGUUCCCGAAAAGACGCUUAAGGAGGUCCAGUCUCGUGCUUCUACCUCAUCCACAAAAGCCCACACACCAAACGAGGUCGACACCGAUUUGGAGAAAGGAGGGAAAGGCCCCACGGAGUUUGUGACCUUCACCAUUGAUGACCCUGAACACCCUUACAAUUGGUCCCGUGUUUAUCGAUGGUACAUCACUCUUGUAGCCUCGAGUCUUGUGGUAUGCGUCGCAUUCGGGUCCUCCAUCGUCACCGGAGGAUUGGGCUUGAUCGAAGAACAAUACAAUGUCUCUCUUGAAGUUGCAAUCCUGACCUGUUCAAUUAUGGUUUGUGGAUUCGCCGUCGGUCCUCUACUAUGGUCUCCGCUGUCUGAGAUUAUCGGCCGAAGACCUGUAUACAUCAUCUCUCUCGGUCUAUAUGUCAUCUUCAACAUCCCAUGCGCUCUGGCCCCAAACAUCGGCUGCUUGCUCGCCUGCCGAUUCCUAUGUGGUGUUUUCUCUAGUUCGGGUCUUUCUCUCGCUGGUGGCACCAUCGCUGAUAUCUGGAGCAUUGAGGAGCGCGGUAUGGCUAUUGCUUACUUCGCCGCUGCACCCUACUGUGGUCCUGUCCUUGGCCCCAUCGUGACGGGUUGGAUUAAUGUUGGAAGCGGCCGCCUCGACCUCUUCUUCUGGGUGAACCUAGCCUUUGCCGGUGCUAUCAUGGUUAUGAUCGGCCUAGUGCCAGAGACAUAUGCUCCAGUGAUUCUCAAGCGCCGCGCCGCUAAACUGCGCAAAGAAACCGGAAACCCAAAUAUCAUCACAGAGCAAGAAAAGACGAAGCUCACAUUCCAAGAAAUCGCUCGCACAAGCCUGAUCAGACCCAUCACUAUGAUCAUGACCGAGCCCGUCCUCGACCUCAUGUGCAUGUAUAUCGUCCUGAUCUACGCAAUGCUCUACGCUUUCUUCUUCGCAUAUCCGGUGAUCUUCACUAAGCUCCAUGGCUACAACGACGGACAGAUCGGACUCAUGUUCAUCCCCAUUCUGAUUGGUGCCGGCUUCGCCCUAGUUGUCACUCCAGUCAUCGAGGGCAAGUUCCGGAAAAUCUGUAGCUUACGAUCUCCAACACCAGAAGACCGACUGCACGCAGCUUUGCUCGGUGCACCUUUCAUCCCGAUCGCUUUCUUCAUCUUAGGUGCUACCUCCUACAAGCAUAUUAUCUGGGUUGGACCUGCUUCUUCAGGAAUCGCCUUUGGCUUUGGCAUGGUGUUGUGCUACUACGCAGUGAAUAACUAUAUCAUUGACUCGUACCAGAAAUACGCUGCAUCGGCUUUGGCUGCCAAGGUUUUCCUGCGCUCUGGUGGCGGCGCAGCUUUCCCGCUGUUUACUACGCAGAUGUAUGAUCGACUUGGAUUGCAGUGGGCUUCUUGGCUACUUGCGUUUAUUGGUGUUGCCAUGGUCUUGAUUCCAUAUGUCUUCUACUGGUUUGGUGGGAAACUGCGUGCAAAACUUACCCGGGACUAG